AUGGCCCCGCCGGCGGGCGGUGCGGCGGUGGCUCCCGGUUCGGAGCCAGGCACAGCGACAGUGCUCCUGGCCGUCCACGCCACCGUGAGGCCGCUGGGCGCCGCGCCGGACGCCGAGUCGCAGCUGCGGCGCUUCCGGCUGGAGUUGCUGAGCGUGGGGCCUGGGGCGAUCCCUUUGGAGUGGCCCUUGGAGUCUGUGUCCUACACCAUCCGAGGCCCCAGCCUGCAUGAGUUGCAGCCUCCAGCAGGGGCGUCUGAGGCCCUCAGCCUCCACUUCCCUGAUCCUCAGGCAGCUCAGCAGUGGGCAGCACUGGUUCAAGAGGCCAGAGCAGAGAGCCAGAAGGGAGGCAGACCCCUCCCUGCCCAGGGCCCAGAGACCUGCCCUUCUUCCCUUUCCGGCCCCCUUGAAGGCCCCACAGACACAGCCCCCCAGCCUGAGGCAGACACUACCUGGAGCCCUGGAGCCCUGAUGGAAAAAGAAGAGCUGGUGGGGCACUUGGCCCAAGCUAUUGCUGAUGGGGAUGAGAGGGGCGCAGCCCAAGCAGCUGCAGCCCUAGCCCAGCGCAAGGUGGCCCUCAGGAUCAGACUCCAGGAAACCUGCUUGCCACCUGGCCCCAUCAGGCUGCAGGUCACAGUUGAGGAUGCUGCCUCUUCGGCCCAUGUCACCCUGCAGGUCCACCCCCAUUCUACUGUAGCAGCCUUGCAGGAACAGGUCUUCUCAGAGCUGGGCUUCCCGCCGGCAGUGCAGCGUUGGGUCAUCGGGCGGUGCCUGUGCAUGCCAGAGCGCAGCCUCACCUCCUAUGGGGUGCAGCAUGACGGGGACCCUGCCUUCCUCUAUCUGCUCUCAGCCCCCAUUGAAGGCCCAGGAUGUAGGCCCAGGUGGCCCCUGAAGACAGAUGGAGAGUCUGGCCGCCAGCUUCCCCAGUCACUGGGGCUGCCCCAUAUGCUCCAGGCCCCCAGCUCCAGCCUUCCUAGCCCGCUGCAGCCUGGCUGGUCCUGCCCAACCUGCACCUUCAUCAAUGGCCCAAGCCGCCCCGGCUGUGAGAUGUGCAGCACUCAAAGGCCCUGUACUCGGGGCCCCUUUCCUGCAGCCUCCAUCCAACAGCCAGCAAAGGUCACAAGGCGAGAGGAUGGCCCUUGCCUCACAGGUCUUUCAGGGGACCUCUGCUGACUCAAGGUGACCAGAGCCAAACUGGGGGCCCAUUGAGCAGAGACAUUAAAGAUACUUCUGCACCAGUGA